AUGGAGCUUCUCAGAACCGCGGGCCCGGCCCUGCUAUACACGGUGAUGCGCAGCCGCGGCAUCCGUACUGCAGCGCUGCAGAACAGACCACCUGCUGUGAUCUCCAGCUUCCAGUCCUGCUCUGUCUCCAGCCGUCCUGACCCAAGACCCAGCUCUGCCCUGCUCGACCAGCCUCCCAUCCCCCUGCCACGUCCUACCUGGUGUCUCUCCAACUCCCAGCCUCCAUCUUGGAUUUCCACAUGCCACCUCUACAGACUCUCCAAACCUGAACAGGAAGCUAUGGAGAGGUACAUUCAGGACUCAUUGGCUGCCGGCAUUAUCCAGCCCUCCUCUUCCCCCUUGGGAGCCGGAUUAUUUUUUGUGCCCAAGAAGGAUUCUACGUUAAGGCCGUGCAUUGAUUUCAGGGGAUUAAACAACAUCACGGUAUGUCUCCAUUUGAAGCUUCUUUGGGUUACCAGCCCCCUCUGUUUCCCUCUCAUGAGAAGGAGCUUGCGGUGCCCUCCAUCCAGUAGCAUCUCCAGCGCUGCCAGAAGGUCUGGGAGAAGGCCCGUUCUUCGCUCCUUUGCCCGGAGCAAGCAAGCUGCAGACCGCCAUCGGAUUCCUGCCCCACAUUAUCAAAUUCUCAAGAUCAUUAAUCCUACUACAGUUCGUCUGGAACUCCCCAAGUCUCUCAGGAUUCAUCCUACGUUUCAUGUAUCCCAGUUAAAACCUGUUCGUCACAGUGAGCUUUGCCCACCAGCCGAACCCCCACCACCCCCCGGGCUUAUUGAUGACCACCCUGCAUUUACGGUGCGCCGCCUGCUGGAUGUUCGACGUGGUCUCCAGUACUUGAUUGAUUGGGAGGGUUUUGGUCCAGAGGAGCGCUCCUGGGUGCCACGUUCCUCCAUCCUGGAUGCUGACAUGGUGAGGGAGUUCCGUUUGGCCCAUCCUGAUAAACCUGGGGGUCGCCGGGACCCCUCCAGCUUCCAGUCCUGCUCUGUCUCCAGCCGUCCUGACCCAAGACCCAGAUCUGCCCUGCUCGAUCAGCCUCCUAUCCCCCUGCCUCAAAUGGACUCGGUGCGGAUUCUGCUGUACUCGGUAAUCUUCCUGCUCAGUGUCUUUGGCAACCUGCUGAUUCUUGUGGUCCUGAUGCUGAACAAGUGCAUGCGGACCAUCACCAACUGCUUUCUGCUGUCGCUGGCAGUUAGUGAUAUGAUGAUGGCCGUCUUCUGUAUGCCCUUCACCCUCAUCCCCAACAUCUUGGAGGACUUCAUCUUUGGAGCCACCAUGUGCAAGAUCGUUGCCUACUUCAUGGGGAUCUCCGUAAGCAUAUCCACCUUCAGCCUGGUGGCCAUCGCCAUCGAGAGGUACAGCGCCAUUUGUAACCCGCUGAAGUCGCGAGCGUGGCAGACGCGUUCCCAUGCCUACCGUGUCAUCGCUGCUACGUGGGUCCUGUCGCUGCUGAUCAUGGUCCCAUACCCGGUAUUCAGCAUCCUCAAGGCUUUCCCCAAGUCGGACGGCACCGUCGGCCACAUGUGUCGCCUUAACUGGCCCUGCGGGGAGGCGGAGCAGACCUGGUACGUGCUGCUGCUGCUGACUCUGUUCUUCAUCCCAGGGGUGGUGAUGAUUACAGCCUAUGGGCUGAUAUCACGCGAGCUGUACCGGGGCAUCCAGUUUGAGCUGAACCAGAACCAAGAGACCGCCGCGGGGCUGAAUAGCGACAUUGGCCGUGCUAUCAACAGGAGUAAUUACGAUGAUGACGGUUGCUACAUCCAGAUGGCAAAGAAACCCUCGUCCUCUGUGGCGCUACAGGCGCCUGCGGGGGCAGCAGGCGGCCCCCAGGCCCAGCCGGAGCGGGCCCGCAGGAACACCUCGGAGGCCAAGCUGCAGGCAAAGAAGCGAGUCAUCCGCAUGCUGAUGGUGAUCGUGGCGCUCUUCUUCGUCUGCUGGAUGCCGCUGUACUGGGCAAACACGUGGAAGGCGUUUGACCUGAAGUCGGCCCAUCAAGCUCUGUCGGGGGCACCCAUCUCUUUCAUCCACCUGCUGUCCUACACCUCGGCCUGCGUCAACCCCAUCAUCUACUGCUUCAUGAACACACGCUUCAGGAUGGCGCUGCUGGCGACCUUCAGCCAUUAUUGCGGCACCCGGCUUUGCCCCUGCUGCUGGUGUUGCAGGAGAAAGGAGGGCAGAGACGAUGGCAUCACCACCACCUCCAUGGCCGUCUCUGUGUCCAGGUUCAGCUACUCCACCGUCACCACCGCGUGCUCCUACUGA